AUGGGAGGUCGACCACCUGCUCCAAGAACACUCAAGGAGCUCACUUCUCCAAACCUUGACCACCAACCUUUAUGUAUUCAGCUGAAUGGAACCAUUGAGUUGAAACCGAAAUUGAUUCACUUGCUUCCCAAAUUCAAAGGUUUAGCAAGAGAAGAUCCUAAUCGUCACUUGCAACAAUUCCAUCAUGUUGUGACUAGUUUGAAACAAGCAAGUGCAGACGCCGAUAUGGCUAUGACGAAAGCAUUUCCUUUCUCCCUUAUAGAUGCUGCAGGAGUAUGGUUCUUUUACUUACCUCCUGAGAGUAUAGCCACAUGGAAUGAGAUGAAGAAGUUAUUCCUUGAGAAGUAUUUUCCGGCAUCAAAAGAUGCAGUGAUUCACCAGGAGAUUUGUGGUAUUAGAAAUUUGAUCGAUGCCACAAGUGGUGGUGCAUUCACCAACAACACCAUUGCUGAAGCUACAAGCUUGUUAGAGACCAUGGCUGCAAACACUCAACAAUUCUACACUCGAGAUGAACCAAUGGUAAGAAAAGUGAAUGAAGUUGGUGAUUCUUCACAUUUGGAAUAUAGGAUGGGUAACAUGGAGAGGAUGGUGCAACAAAUAGAAGCGGAUGUAAUACCAUCAUACACCGAGCAAGCAAGUGCUCUGUACCAAAAUAAGCAAAGGCCGAGAUAUGACCCAUAUUUCAGCACAUAUAAUCAGGGUUGGCAUGAUCAUCCUAAUUUCAGCUACGCCAACAAGAAAGCUGCAAAAAAUCCUACUUUCAAUCAACAAGGAGGGUACCAAUUCAUGCAAAGACCACAACAAGAAACUCAAGGUACAAGUGUGGAUGACAAGUUUACUCUUAUGAUGCAAAGUAUGCAAGAGAUUUCAAAAACAAUGCAAGGGUUCAACCAAUUCCAGCAGAAAUCCGAGAUAGCUAUGAGAGAUGUACAAAACCAAGUUAGUGAAUUGGCUAAUGAUAUGAAUCAACUUAAGGUACAAGCAGCUGUAAAACUUCCUUCGCAACCAUUGAAUCAUAGGGAGAAUGUCAAUGCUAUUGAAUUACGAAGUGGAAAGCAAGUAGAGAAACCGGCAGCAUCACUGGAGUCCCAUGAACGUGAUUUAGAGAAAGAAGUUGACGAAGCAGUCCCUAAAAAGGAUGAUUCGGUAACAAAUUCUAACUCUACACCUCUUAUUUCUACUUAUGUUACUCCUCCACCUUUUCCUAGCAGGUUUGCAAAGUCAAAGAAGGAGACUUUGGACAAAGAGAUUUAG